AUGGAUCAGACAUUACUAGGUAAAUUAUUGCGAUACGUUCGAGUCUGUGAUGCUGUCUAUGCGUCUUCAAUGGAUGCAUUCUGUCAAGAAGCUGCUGUAUCACAAGAAUGUGUCCUACGAGCUCAUGCAGGCGGUCUUUUAUCACCUAAAUGCAUGAUUCUAGCUAAUCAUGAACAUCAAGAGCUGAUACUCGUAGUACGAGGUACUGCAUCACUCUUGGACUUUUGCACUGACUUGUGUCUUCAUAAUGAGUCAUUUCAGAACGGACAGGGUCAUCGUGGUAUGGUACAUGCUGCAACGUGGCUUGUCCAUCAUUUAGGUAAAGAUUUGAAGGAGUUAUUGGAAAAACAUGCAGACUAUCGUAUUGUGGUCACGGGCCAUAGUUUAGGAGCAGCAGUCGCAGCACUUAGUGCCAUGCAACUGCGAAAGGAGUUUCCAACGAUACAGUGUUAUGCGUUUGGUACACCAGCUUGCGUGACGCAGGAGCUAGCGACAAGUAGUUAUGACUUUGUAACGACCAUAGUGAACGGAUACGACUGCGUACCGCGUCUGCAUCAACACUCGUUAAUGAAAUUACAGGACGAGAUCCGUUCCUUUGAUUGGCGAGCUACACUGAAAAAAAUGGUGGCGGACGAGAUUCACAAACAAAAGGUUGCUGUGGAAACACAGCAGCGAGCAAAACUAGAAGAGCUGCAGGCGACAUUGCGCAGGAUAAAUCCUCUUCAAGUCAAACAACGUACUAGUAAAGCUACAGCCAAGCUAGAAGAAGUGAAACGGGCUGCGUCUGACAAUAUCAUGGAGUUUGCACACGACGUUGACACGUUACUAGCUGACAAACUGGACGCCGCAUUAUCCAUCUUUAAGACAGAGACCCUGUCAUUGGAACACGUUUCAUUUGUCAAGAAUCUGCUGAAGUUUGAGGACAUCAAGAAAGGUGAUUCUUUCUGGUGGAAGUGCAUGAAUGAGAGUAUUGCUGCUUUGGAACGGCUGUCGUCAGCUGUCAAGAAGCCCGAGGAGCUCGAGCAGGUGCUGAUAGAACUGAAAGGGGUUCUUCAGAAGACCUCUGCAUCUUCAAGAAAGCUGCUGGAUCGCGGUGAUGAUCACGAUAUCGCGACUGAAUCCAACCGGCUGCAGCUUUUUCGCUCUCGAGUCGAUGACAUUCUUGACAAGACGCGUGCAUCGGUCAAGGCACGGAUCAGCGAUCAAGUAUCGAAGGUAUCCACUACUGUAUCGUCUAGUGUGAAAGGCUACGUGGGCACGAUUAAAGAAGAAACAGAAGCGCUUGGCACUAUUGCACAAGAAGAGCUUGACCAUGUUGUGGACACGGUAUAUCGCAAUGUACCAUUCUUCGUCGGGUGGAAUAGUAAAACCACUAGUGACCAUCAGUCAUCUCGUCACGACAAAGAACGUCACUGUGAUGAAAUGUCCGUGGAUGCUUGUUCUUUACAAAGGAUUGAAAAUGAAACAGAAGAAAAGUCUGGGCAGGAACGUGAAGACCUCAAGCACGACCACGUGCAGGUGGAACAGGACAACACACUACACCAUGAUCCAUUGUUUCCUCCUGGUCGAAUUAUUUAUUUGAACCGAAGACCUUCCGCAAAAGACGAGGCUGGUAACAGCGCCACCAGCGAUAUGGUCGAGGUUGUGGAGGUUGCUACAGAUGAUUUCAGUCGUGUGGUGCUCUCAAACCGCAUGCUGCUCGAUCAUCUCUGUACAGACUACGAACAAGUUCUCCAGUGUCAGGCCAAAUUGCUGGAGUCCCCGCCUGAUUCGACUUAA